AUGGCACGCAAGGGACGCAAAGGUGCGAAACUGUCGUCUCUCCACCCUAGGCUCCAUGACAAUGUAGCACAGGUAUUAGACGAGGAAGGGCUUCAAGUGGAUUUCUUGGACGCCGAUGACGAGGCAACCAAUAUCGAGGACAGGGACACCAAUGUUAUGGGUCGAUUUAUAUGCCCAAACAGCGGAUGUAACUCCAGUGGUUGGUCGAGCAAGAAAGUCGCGAUUACCAUUCGCAUGUACCCUCAGCAGCGAUAUAAUGCACGGGUGUAUCACCAGCGAUGCAAAAAUUGCAACGCAGUCGGCCGACUUGUCCUAGAUACUGAAUGCUAUGUGGAAAGAGUGACUUAUUGGCUCAAAAAAUGGAAUGGAAUUGAGGUACAGCCGCCUGACUUCUCUGGCCAGAGCAGAGGGCCGCACAACAGUGAACUGUGUGAAGGGUGUAAACUUAUCUAUCUGAGUGUUGUCCUAUGA